AUGGCAAGAAGAAGUUCAAAUCUCUUUGAGUCUGUGUAUCUUAUGAACACAGCCCAGAUUUUCAGAGAAUCCAUCAGACUCAUACUUCUCCAUCAUACUCAUUUCCAUUCAAUCUCUAUCUUCCUUUUCUCUCCUCUCCCAAUCUCUUUCUUCAUUUCCCACUUUCUCUUACACCAUUUCCCCCAAAUACCCUCAUUAACCAUCAACCUCACGCAUCCUUUACUUGGACAUCCCCUGUCCAAAAUUCUCUCCAAAACCGUACUUCACCUCGUCAUUUGCUUCCCUUCCACUAUCACCUUCUCGCUUUUAGGAAGAGCUGCCACUAUUCAAGCGGUUUCAGACAAUUACAAUGGAGUAAGUCUUGAUGGAAGAAGACUGUUAAUUAGAAGUGGGAUGAGUUGGAUUAAACUUGUCCAUACAAGUUUCUGGGAGUUACUGAUUGUUGUUGGGCUAUUCGGAGCUUUGGUUGCCAGUUUGACAACAUUGCCAAAGAUAUUAUUUGCAUGUGGAAUAAGGUCAAGAUUGUUGAGAUUAUUGUGUGUUGUGGGGUUUAUAGGAAUUCCGUUUUGUGUGGGAUUUGCACAGGUUAUGGUUGUUGGGAACCUGGCAAGAGUUUUAUCAGUGUUGGAAAGUGAGUGUUAUGGAAUUGAGUCGUUAUUGAAGGCCAAGAAGCUAAUGGAAGGAAGACGGCAGACAGCCCUGGUGAUGGCUUUGUUAAGUAAUCUGAGUUUGAGAUUAGUAGAGUGUUUGUUUGAGUUUAGGAUGUGUAAGGGUUUUCAUUUAUGGGAAGCUCCUUUGUUGGUUUCCAUGUAUUCUUCUGUGCUUGUUUUUGACACUGUCAUGAAUGUUGUGUUCUACUAUGCAUGUAAACCUUGA